AGUCCCGCCUUCUCAGCCCGAGCCGGAGCCCGAGCCCCGCCGCCUGCUGGGCCCGCUGCAGCUCUCGCCGGCCCGCUGCGUCCCGCGGUCCCCUCUCCCGGCGGCCGGCCCUGGCCUCACCCAGCCCCCAUCAUGUCGCCCGCGGGGCUCCGCGGGGCCGCGCCGCUCGCCGCAAUCGCCCUCUUGGUGCUAGGGGCUCCCCUGGCACUGGCUGGCGAGAACUGCCUGUGGUACCUGGACCGGAAUGGCUCCUGGAAUCCGGGGUUUAACUGCGAGUUCUUCACCUUCUGCUGCGGGACCUGCUACCAGCGCUACUGCUGCAGGGACCUGACCUUGCUCAUCACGGAGAGGCAGCAGAAGCACUGCCUGGCCUUCAGUCCCAAGACCAUAGCAAGCAUCGCCUCUGCUGUGAUCCUCUUUGUUGCUGUGGUUGCCACCACCAUCUGCUGCUUCCUCUGCUUCUGCUGCUACCUAUACCGGCGGCGCCAGCAGCUCCAGAGCCCAUUUGAAGGUCAGGAGAUUCCGAUGACAGGUAUCCCAGUACAGCCAGUGUAUCCAUAUCCUGCGGACCCCAAAGCUGGCCCUGCACCCCCCCAACCUGGGUUCAUGUACCCAGCGAGUGGUCCUGCUCCCCAGUAUCCACUCUACCCAGCCAGGCCCCCAAUCUACAACCCUGCAGCUCCUCCACCCUAUAUGCCGCCACAGCCCUCAUAUCCAGGGGCCUGAAGAUCCAGCCACCCUGCUGUCCUUCAGUGAUGCUGACUUGGGAAGAUUCCCCAUUCUUUACCUGCAUUCUGCCCUGGGGGUGGGCAGGGGUCUUCUAGUCACCAAUCUGUAGACCAAGCCAAGUCCUGGGCCCUCUUGGGGACAGCACCCCAGAGAAGUGGAACAAGAACUGAGCUGGAAUUGAGCUGUGAAUGAGGGGUGGUGGGCAGGGCUUGGGAUUGAUGGGCCAUUUUCACUGGGGGCAAAAGAGGGAGAUGACAUCUUGAGUCACACCCCCAGCUUUCAAGUAGUCCUUCUGCUCCCAGGAUUCUAACUGGAAAGGCCAGGGCCCCUCCUAUUUGCCCAUUUUGUGUUGGGGUAGGAAGCUCCAUCAACAACUGGCAAUCGCCAUCCUGUCUGGCUGCCCACUGGCCAGGGCCCUGACUUGCUGGAUUAAAGCUGUACAGACGUGA